UCGAAUUCAAGCAAUGCGCGAGAUAACUACAUGAAUAGAUAAAUCACAAUACAUGCUUUCUGUACUUUGGUGCACCACAACCUUGGAGGAUUCAGUUACUCUGAGGCGGACCGAGGUUAGUUUAAUUGAGUCACCGUUUACAAUCCCCCGCCCCCGCUCCCCCGGCCCGCGCACAAAACGACCGAGACCUAUGAAAGCGAAGCCAGUCAUCGGACUGUUUGAUGACAGCGCGGCGUGUGGAGGCGCCGGCUUCAAAGGAAACCUUGUAUAAAUGUAUGCAGCAGCAAAGCGCGUGCGGGUCCCGUCCAAACUCAGCAAACUCAGCAAACUCCAGCGCGCAUUCGGCGACGAGCAUUCUUCUUCUGCCCGUUGCUUCCGUUCCUUCGCCCGCCUUGAGGCAAAAGCCACGCCGCAGCCCCGGCGAUCGAGCGCCAGUCCGGUCUUCAAGUCGCCGUUCCGCCAUCUCACCCCGUGUCCCGUCAGGAACGCGCCGCACAAUCGAUACACGGGCACGCCGCGCUACAUCCUCGCCCCCGCCGUCGCCCCUCCCCAGCGCCCUCACGCGGCCAUCACGGUCCUCCCUCCGCCAAGCGGCAUGUUGUCCUACGUCCAGAUCGUGAGCACGCCGACGGCGGACACGCCCGGGGCGUGUCUCAUGCUGCACUUUGACAACCGCCGCUACCUCUUCGGCCGCAUGGCCGAGGGCACCCAGCGCAACAUGGUCCAGCGCAAGGUGUCGCUCGCCAAGAUCCACGACAUCUUCCUCACCGGCCGCGUCGACUGGGAGACCGCCGGCGGCCUGCUCGGCAUGAUCCUCACCAUCGCCGACCUCAAGGCCGCCUCCAUCGCCGACGUCGAAGCCCUCAACGAGAAGCUCCGCAGCCAGGGCAAGAAGGACAACAAGUCGGUCUCCGCCCACCUGAACAUACACGGCGGCAAGAACCUGGUCCAUCUCCUGGCCACCGCCCGCCGUUUCAUCCUCAGAAAGGCCCUCCCCGUCCACCCCAGGGAGCUGCGGCACGACCCCCGCGCCGACACGGCCAAGAAGGACGAGCCCGAUUACGAGGACGAGAACAUCAGGGUCUGGUCCAUCCCGCUGUCCAAGGAGGGGCGGGAGGAGGAGGAGGAGGAGGAGAAGAAGAAGAAGCCGGCGGUCCGGGCCCGCUCCGGGCCGAGCUCGCCCAAGAAGCGGAAGCUGAGCGAGUCCUCGUCCUCGGAGCCGCAGGAGCAGGAGGAGGGCCCGACGAACACGGAGGAGGCCGAUCAGAACAUCCGGGAGGCCGUCGUCAAGGACAUGUUUGCGUCCAAGUGGAAGCUCGAUACCCUGCGCGAGCUGAGGCUCGCAGACGUCCAGCUGCCCGCGAAGAUCUUCAUCAGGAACGAGCAGGGCCACAUCGAGCCCUACGAGGGCCCUCCCCCCUCCGAAGCCCCCGACACCAAGGUUCUCGUGCGGCUCCCCUGGCCGGCCGCCCAGAUCGAGCAGCUGCCCCCCACGGAGCCGUCCCGGCAGUCCAUGUGCUACGUUGUCAAGUGCCACUCCCGACGGGGCAAGUUCAACGUCCAGGCCGCGACGAAGCUCGGCGUCGCCAAGCAGGACUUCAAGAAGCUCACCUCGGGCGAGACCGUGACCGGCAAGGACGGAGUCGUCGUCACCCCGGACAUGGUCCUGGGGCCGCCCAUCGAGGGUCAAGGUUUUGCCGUGGUCGACCUGCCGUCCGAGGACCUCGUCGAGGACCUGCUCAGCCGCCCAGAAUGGUCGAAUCCGGAGAUCAUGAAAGGCGUCAGUGCCAUGUUCUGGAUCCUCUCCUCCGGUGUCACCCUGGAGAAGGACCAACGGCUGGCGCAGUUCGUCCGGGCACGCUCCGGAAUCAGGCACAUUGUGCUCAGCAGCUCGCUGUGCCCCAACGUCCCGGCCCUCGAGUCCCCCGCGGGACAGCUCAUCAAGAUGAACUGCGUCGACCGGGACAGGUUUCCGCUCCCCGCCUUCGACUUCAACCCGACGGCCACGCUCGGCGAAGAACUGCAGGCCGUCGCCGAGGUCGGCCGUCCCGGCCUGAAGUUCCAGCUCGCCCCGAAGUCGACGUUCCUCACCGACGCCGUCGUGCCGCCGAUGGAUACCAAGAAACCCCUGUGGGAGCUGGGGUCGUAUUCGCCGCAGGUGCCGGGGCUCGCGGACGCCGCCCGCAAGGCCAUCUCGGACCCGGCCUUCGGCGCCGAGGUCGACAGGUCGCAGCAGGACCUGCCGAGCCCGCAGACCGAGAUCAUCCCGCUCGGCACCGGGUCGGCCAUGCCGUCCAAGUAUCGCAACGUGUCGGCCACGCUGAUCCGGGUGCCCGGCUGGGGCAGCUACCUCCUCGACUGCGGCGAGAACACGCUCGGCCAGCUCCGGCGCGCCCUGGGCCACCAGGGCGCCGACGAGGUCCUGCGGGACCUCCGCGCCAUCUACAUCAGCCACGUCCACGCCGACCACCACCUCGGCACCGUCAGCGUCAUCGCCCGCUGGCGCGAGGUCGUCCCGGAGGAGGAAGGCGGCAAGCUCGCCCUCAUCGCGACCCAGAAGUACCAGGACUUUGUCCGCGAGUUCCACGAGGUGCAGGAUCUCGGCCUCGACCGCAUCGUCCCCGUCGUCCUGCGCUGCGCCGGCCGCCCGCUGCCGGGCCGGCACGCCGAGCCGCCCGCCGUCCCGGACGAGGACGCCCGGGCGGCCCGGCUGCCCCGGGUCGAGGCCUGCUUCGUCGACCACUGCUACGAGGCCACCGCCGCCGUCCUCACCUUCCCGGACACGGGCCUCAAGGUGGCCUACUCGGGCGACUGCCGGCCGUCGCGGCCCUUCGCCGAGCUCGCCCGCGGCGCCCACCUGCUCGUCCACGAGUGCACCUUCGAGGACGAGCUGGCGGGCGACGCCGCCGCCAAGAAGCACUCGACCCUCUCCGAGGCCCUCGAGGUCGGCCGCCGGAUGGAGGCCCGCCGCAUCCUGCUCACCCACUUCUCGCAGCGCUACCCCAAGCUGCCCGUCGUCGACGAGGAGGCGCUCCUCCGCAACUCGACCGACGGCGGCGACGGCGGUAAUAACGGCGGCAGCAGCGGUGGCCAGAAGAAGCGCGACGUCGAGGUCCUCUUCGCCUUCGACAUGAUGCGCGUCCGCCUGGGCGAGUUCAAGCAGGCCAAGCAGUUCCUGCCCGCCCUUAGGGAGCUGCUGAAGGUGGAGGAGCGCAUGGGCGGCGGCGACGACGGCGGCGAUGUAUGAUUAUUGAUGAUGAUGGAGUUGAAACGAGAAAGAGAGAGAGAGAGAGAAGGAAUAGAAGGGGGUCGGUCAUCAAGCUUGUACGAUAGUGGUGGGAGCUGCAUUGCGGAUGGAUAUAUAGAGAGGCACUAUAGAGAUGCUUGUCAUGGCUUUGCUUGACACAUAUAUGUACUUGGGAAGUGGCUUGG